UUCAGGUUUUCCAGAGAAUUAACGUUCUCUCUCUCUCAUACACACGCAGGGUUCGUGUUCCAACUAAACUUUACUCAGAUGAGUUCCACUGGAACAUAUAGAUGUGUUAGUCGUGUCGAUGUGUUGCAGUGGUUCUACUCUGUAUAAAAAGCAGCAUCAGAUACAACUCACAGGGUUUCUGUGUGUGUGUUUUUGAUUGACACUUGAUUGGCAGAAGCGGCAAGGUGUGUUUAAACUCCAAAUAUAGUAGCCUGAAAGGGUAUCUUUGUGCGCACCCCCCCCCCUCCCGAGGCGCCGGCAGGUGGAAAGGUGCUCUGGAAAGAAAAGGAGGAAAUAGGUAAGAAAAUUGGGUAGGGGGCGGGAGUCAGAUCAGACCCUCUUGGGAAGUAAGUUCUCAGACUUAACCACCACAAGUGUCCUGUGGACACUUAACUGAGAGUAAGCCUCUCUUGAGAGAUUUACGCUCAAUCCCAACCUUACUGAUUCAAUGAGGCUUACUCCCAGGUAGACUUGGUUAGGGCCUCAGUCAACAUGCUUAGGGGCGGGCUCCAUGGCUGCAUCCUAGCUGGGGAGCAAGUAAGCUUUCUCUUGCAUCCUUGUGAUCGGUCUGCUGCUUUCGGCAUCCCUUGGCUGCCUAUGAAAAGCGGAAAGUGAGUGGUUCUGUAUGGACCGUUUAGGAUUCCAGCCUAGUCCCAUUGAACUACGUAACUGAGGCUUACUAUUUGCGCGGUAAACUUGCAUAGGUUUGCGCUGUACUGUAAGUCUUUGAAACUGGAUACCAGCUCAGCUCUGAAUUGAGAAGGAAAAAAUAGGGAGAUAAAUUUUUGUUUGCAUUUAACUCCCCAAGGUACAAUCAGGUUCCAAACCCAUGCAAACGUGCAGAACAACUUUAGUGAAAAAAAUUCUCAGGAGAAUCACAGGUAUGAGAUACCUCAGAACCUUCAGUGGGUUUGAUAAGAGUUCAGAGUUGGACUUCUGUGUCACACCUGUUUGAAUCGGUUUCGUUCCCUAUCUGAGAUGCGUGCGUGUAAUUGUGCGAUCCUAUGCAAUUGCACUCGAAGCACGGCGUGCUAAUUUCAAUGGAACCAUUAGUGUGUUUCUCUGAGAGUAGUAAGUUGCCGCGCAAUCCUAAUCAUGUCUACUCAGAAGUAAGUUCUAUUGAAUUAAGUGGGGCUUACUCGCAGGUCAGUGGUGUUUGGAUUGCAACCUAAACUACACGGAAUUAAGUGAGCCUUGUGUCCAUGUGAACGUGAAUAGGAGUUAAUUGUUUUCUUUAAAAAAAUAAAAUAAGCAAAUGUGAGGGUAUGAUCUCCGCUGCGCGCGGGGGCGCAUUGUUGGGUACCUACACUUGGUCUGGGUUCAUCUGAGUGCUCUGAUUAAUUCGGACCAAAAGCAGGUGUCCAGCACAAUUUCGGAACGAUGAACAUAACACAGAAACGGAAGAUCAGCGAAUGCACGUUUAUUCAUUUAUCUUUUUUUCUGACUUUGGGGGAAAGAAAGGAGGGAGGAGGAGAGGGAGAGAGUUUGAUGCGGCUGCCUACUUUGUGCCUGGCUGAUUGACAGUCGCGGGCCCGCCCCCUAGCCGCCUCCAUUCCUCGCCCGACGCCGCGCUGCCGCGGCCGUUUUGCUGGGGAAUCCUCGCUUGCGCGCUCUUUGAUCAGGAUUCGUGCACCUUACGCGGACCGGGGGGCCGGGCGCCGUGAGCGACCCGAGGAACUGAGUUCUCCAGCGGGAGCGAAGCAGUUUCUUUGCCGGUCACGCUGCACCAUGCGCGCUGGGCUGGUUGCGUUCCUUCUUGCUUUCUGCCUGACUCCAGAUUCUGUAAAUGGGGGCGGGAAGAAAUUUUAUCAUGGACCUUGCGGGGGUCGAGACUGCAGUGCAGGCUGCCAGUGCUUUCCAGAGAAAGGUGGUCGGGGUCAACCAGGACCAAUUGGGAACCAAGGACUGAUGGGUGUUCCAGGGUUUACUGGGCCAGAAGGCUUGAGGGGGCCAAAGGGAGAGAGAGGGAGCACAGGUGCCCCAGGUACAGCUGGACUGAAGGGAGAUAAGGGCCCAAUGGGAGUCCCUGGAUUUCCAGGAAUAUCCGGAGUUCCUGGACAUCCUGGUCAGCCAGGACACAGAGGCUUGCCCGGCCUGGAUGGCUGUAAUGCACUAUUGGGAGUCCUGGGGUUCCAGGACCAGAUGGAUUUUCCUGGUGUGCAAGGUCCCCCGGGUAGCCCUGGACCAAAGGGGCCAAAAGGCGAGCCUUCUUUUUCCCAGGGAGUUUUUAAAGGAAUGAAGGGAGAAAGAGGUCGUUCCGGAUUGGAUGGUGCAGUUGGCCCUAAAGGUUUCCCUGGCCCUGUUGGUCCUAUUGGUCCAUCUGGGCUACCUGGCUUUCUGGGGCCACCAGGUCCACCUGGCCCCCCAGGCCCUGUGGGUAACAGUGGCCUAGUUUUCCAAGGAGAAAAAGGAGCAAAGGCAAAUGUUGGGCUUCCAGGACCCGCUGGCCCUCCACCUUCUACUGGGAUCCAGGAAUUCAUGGGAUUCCCCAAAGGACAGCAAGGAGCUAAGGGUGUUCCUGGUCCUGAAGGCUUUCCUGGUCCUCCUGGGUUUCUUGGUCCUCCAGGCAUUAGAAUUUUCGGAGAAAAGGGAGAAAAGGGUGUACCUGGUUUGCCAGGGCCAAGGGGAGAUAUGGGAUUUAAGGGAUUUGAUGGAGGCCCAGGGAGACCGGGUUUACCAGGUGAACCAGGAUUUCCUGGACGGGAUGGAUCACCAGGAGGAAAGGGCGACUUUGGGGAUGUUGGUCCACCGGGUCCUACAGUUACUGUUGAUGGAGAAGGUGUCGUGGUCUCAGGUCCUCCUGGAGAGCCUGGGACACGCGGAACCCCCGGCGCUAGAGGUGACGAAGGGUUCAAUGGUUUACCAGGCCUUCCUGGCCAAGCAGGGUUUCCCGCACCUACUCCAGGUUCCCCAGGUCGUAUGGGAAUCCCAGGUGAUCUGGGACCAAAAGGAGACCCAGGAGACCCAGGCAGAGAAACAAUUGGGUUGCCUGGUCCACCAGGCAGAGAUGGAGCUCCCGGUUUGCCAGGUGCUCCUGGGUUACCUGGACCAUCACUUCCCAUAUUUACUCCGGGAGCGAUCGUUGCUGGAGAACCCGGGGAGACAGGAACCCCAGGACAGAGAGGGCCACCAGGACUGUUCGGGGUAAAAGGCUACAAAGGUGAAGCUGGAGAUUGUGCUUGUGAUGGAGGGAUCACACGAGCAGGCUUGAAAGGGGAGCCAGGUGCCCGUGGUCAGCCUGGAAGACCUGGUGAACCAGGCCCAAAAGGACCUUUGGGAGAUCCAGGAGAUGGUGCACCAGGGCUACCUGGUCAACCGGGUUUCUUUGGUCAGCCUGGUCUUCCAGGCAUCAAAGGAGAGAAAGGAGAACCAUAUCUGUCCUCAGGCAGAGGCACCCAGGGAGAUCCAGGGAAUAUAGGCCCCAGAGGGCCUUCAGGCGCAUCAGGAGUUCCUGGUAGGGAUGGCAUACCUGGUUUGCCAGGUCGACCAGGCCCCCCAGGUGAUGGUGGAUUGGGCUUUCCAGGAGACAAAGGUUUUUCAGGGUUACCUGGUUUGAAGGGUCAGCGUGGAGAGAGUGGUCUUCCUGGAGUUGGUUUCCCAGGUCCAGCUGGAGUUCCUGGCCCUCCAGGUGACCCAGGAAUUGAUGGAUAUCCAGGGCAACCUGGUCUCCCAGGUGCUCCAGGUGAUUGCUGCUGCGGUGAGGAGGUUGGUAAUGAAGUCUUAGACGCUCAGGGAGGUAUAACUUUGCCCUGUGUGAUUCCUGGAGCAUUUGGUCCACCUGGGCUUCCAGGAUCCCCAGGAUUUCCAGGCUCCAAGGGCAGCAAAGGCCUGCCAGGCAUUCCAGGGCAGCCAGGAUUAAAUGGCUUUAAAGGGCAGCAAGGAUCACCAGGGUUAGUAGGGCCUUCAGGAGCACCAGGCUUCUCUGGCAUUCGUGGAGAGCUAGGGCCACAAGGAUUCCCAGGACCUGACGGGACGGAUGGAUUGCCUGGAAAUCCAGGCCCCCCUGGUUUGCCAGGGCCAAGGGGCCCACCUGGUGAAGUGUUUGGUGCUGAAAGCGGAGCUCCAGGGCAACCUGGUCUGCCAGGGUUGGCAGGAGAUAAAGGCAUCCUCGGGGAACCUGGCCUUCCAGGUCAGAAAGGUGCAGAUGGGAGGCCAGGUCUGUCAGGUGUGAAAGGCGGACGUGGGGAACCAGGCCUUCUGGGUAUUGAUGGACCACGAGGACCUCCAGGACCUGGAGGCCCUUUUGGCAUUAAAGGAAAGCCAGGUCCAAUGGGAGCAGUCGGCUUCCCAGGAUCACCAGGAAUUCCUGGAGAAAAAGGCAGAAGUGGUGAUGCGGGGGCACCAGGCCCCACUGGUAUGAAGGGGUUCCCUGGUCUUGUUGGUCUCCCAGGACGUCCUGGCGAACUAGGGUUACCUGGGCCACUUGGCCCUCCAGGUGCAGAUGGAAGUCCAGGUUUUCCCGGAUUAAAAGGAGAAAAGGGCUUUGCAGGUGUCAUCGGCUUCCCUGGAAUGCCAGGCUUACCUGGAAUCCCAGGGGUGAAUGGGCCAAAAGGAGCUUCCGGAUUACCAGGAAGAGACGGAAAUAUUGGGUUUCCUGGACUCGAUGGUCUAAAAGGAGACAGAGGUGACCGUGGUCCUCCAGGACCUCCUGUCCUUAGACCUCCAGAACUGGCUCUUGCAUUCAAAGGAAGCAAAGGAGAGCCUGGUUUUUCUGGGAAUGCAGGGUUUACAGGACCUAGAGGGAACAAGGGACUCCCUGGUCCCCGUGGACAGCCAGGACCCCCAGGAAUAGCUGGGCUUCCAGGCAGAGAGAAAGGACCUCCUGGAGACUCAGGUCUCCCUGGAACAUCUGGUUCUCCCGGCUUCCCAGGACAGAAGGGAACCUCUGGCAUCCUAGGUUUUCCAGGAAUGCCCGGAGGAAAUGGUGAUGAGGGUUUCUCGGGGCCAUCUGGAUUCCCAGGGAAUAUGGGAUUGCGUGGUUCAAAGGGUGACCGAGGAGAAUCAUUUGGAAUCCCAGGUGGUGUAGGACCUAAAGGAGAACAAGGGGGCCCUGGACUUCCAGGUGCAAGAGGACUUGAUGGACCAAAGGGUGAGCCAGGAUUCCCAGGAAGCCUUGGGAUAAAAGGAAAUAAAGGUGCACCGGGGGACUUUGGCCAAGAUGGACCACCAGGUUUCCCUGGAGUUGGGACUUCAAGGGGCAACCCAGGUUUUCCAGGCAUUCCUGGGCAGCGUGGCCCUCCAGGACUUAGAGGGCUUCCUGGCAUUGCAGGGCUAAAAGGAUUCCUCGGCUCUCCAGGCUUGAUUGGCUUAAAUGGUUUACCAGGCACAAAGGGCUCACCUGGAACACCAGGUCUGAGUGAAAUUGGACUUCCGGGGCCUGCUGGAAUGCCAGGUGCCAAAGGAGAACAGGGUGUUCCUGGUUUUCAAGUUGGACCCCCAGGCUUGCCUGGACAGAAGGGACCUGCAGGAGACUUGGGUCGUCCUGGAGCUAUGGGUUCUCCUGGUUUGCAAGGGCCUCCAGGCAUCUCUCUUCCAUCAAAAAUUCCUGGGAGACCCGGUGAUGCUGGACGUCCUGGAGAAGAUGGUAGACCAGGCUUCCCAGGUCCCCCUGGGCCACGUGGACCACCAGGCCCGGCCUCCAACCAAGGUGUUACUGGUGACCCCGGCCUCCCUGGUCAUCCUGGACUAAAAGGCUUCAAAGGUGACAUGGGCUUCCCUGGGUUGGGCGGAGUCCCGGGAGCAUCAGGAUUCAAAGGCUUCAGAGGUGACCCAGGUUUAAUGGGAAUGCCAGGUAAAGAUGGUCCUCCAGGAGAUUCCGGUUUCCCUGGGCCAAAAGGUGAAGCAGGCCGUCGAGGGUUUCCUGGGCUUCAAGGGGCUCCUGGUCUUGUGCAGAAAGUUGAAGAAAUCAAAGUUGCUCCAGGCUUAAUUGGACUGCCAGGAAUUGAUGGAAUCCCUGGUUUGAAUGGAGAUACUGGGUUCCAGGGCCUGACUGGACCACAAGGCCCCAAAGGGAUGGCAGGUAGACAGGGCCAGAUAGGAGUCAAUGGUUUGCCAGGGUCGCCUGGUGUAGUUGGAGAUCCAGGGACUCCAGGAAGUACCGGGCCACCAGGAUUUGAAGGAAUGUCUGGGAAGCCUGGUCCUGCUGGUUUACCUGGCAUGCCGGGCCGCAGCAUUGGGGUUGGCUACACUUUGGUGAAACACAGCCAGUCAGAACAGAUCCCACCAUGCCCUGUAGGGAUGAACAAGCUCUGGGAAGGGUACAGUUUGCUGUAUGUGGAGGGCCAGGAGAAGGCUCACAACCAGGACCUUGGUUUUGCCGGCUCCUGCCUGCCUCGCUUCAGCACGAUGCCUUUCAUUUACUGCAACAUUAAUGAGGUCUGCUACUAUGCCAGUCGCAAUGACAAAUCCUACUGGCUCUCCACCACAGCUCCCAUCCCCAUGAUGCCUGUCAGCAGCUUCCAGAUCUCUCAGUACAUCAGCCGCUGCUCAGUAUGUGAAGCUCCUUCCCAGGCCGUGGCUGUUCACAGUCAGGACAUCACCAUCCCUCAGUGCCCAGAAGGCUGGCGUAGCCUCUGGAUUGGAUAUUCCUUCCUCAUGCACACUGCAGCUGGAGCUGAAGGUGGCGGCCAGUCCCUCGUCUCUCCCGGCUCUUGCCUGGAAGACUUCCGUGCCACCCCUUUCAUCGAAUGUAAUGGUGCCCGAGGGACCUGCCACUACUUCUCAAACAAGUACAGCUUUUGGCUGACAACGGUUGAGCAGACCCAGCAAUUUGCCGACUUUACCAUCUCCGAGACUCUGAAAGCAGGUCAGCUCCGGACACGAGUUGGUCGAUGCCAAGUGUGCAUGAAGAACUUGUAGCAAAGGCCAGAACUGGUCAGAGCCAACAUAAGGGACUUGAGGUCUUGCAGUGCUGGAGACUGUGGGAUGUGCAAUCUUCCCCGGCUGCAGUAAUGGCAUUGAAAUCACUUAAAAAACCUCUGGAGCCCCCUUAUCUAUAUCACAGAACAUGGUGCUAUAUUUCUCUCUUUGUUCUUCUGUUCAAGGCUACCUCAGGAGGCCUUUCUCUGGUUUUCCAGGUGCCACUUCCUGUCCUCUCUUUGACAUACAUAAACAGAUUUUAAUAGGACCUGUUGAAUUUUGGAGAAAGUUCUCCUCUUCAGAGCUUUGGCUAUUCCGGGCGGCUUCUCAUGUGUUAUGGAUUAAAAGAGGUUCAACAAAUGUCAUAGAUGUUGACUGUAACAGCCAUAGUCAGGCCUCUUAAUGGUUUAUUUUAGAAGCAAACCCCCACCCCAGCUUGUCAGAGCUUGGUCCCGUCAAUGUGAUUUUGCUCACCACAGGUGAACAGGCACAUGACUACACAAACACACACUAUCAUAUUUGAAGCAACUAUAAAUAAUUGUUUUGUCCAGGUCCCUGGAGCAGACUGUCAUAAUUGGUCAAGUGCUGCCAGGCACAAUAUUCAACAAAUGAACAUGUAAAACGAGUGUCUGUUUCAAACAUGAUAGGGAAAGCACAAGUGUGCUCUUACUGUAACAUGAGGAUCGAGUCUGAGGCUUAUGCAACAAUGAAAAGGUACCUGUGACAUAGGCAGAAUCAAGUUUAUAAAAGACAAGCUCCAAACAUCUUACAAAUUAAUUGUUGUAUCUGAAAUGAUAAAUUUAAAAUGUUAAUUGAAACUUCUAAAUCAGUUUAAAAAUGGAAGGAUUUAUCAUCAUGUUGCAGCUAUACAUUCAGGUGCUUUAGCAGUUACCCAGCAUUUUUUAAAUAUGCAUUUGGUGGAGAAAUUUGUGAUGGGUACACUUUUGACACACUAUCCUUCCCUGUGUAAUGUUUACAUAUAAAAGUUUAGGAAAUAUUUCUCAGCAUUCCCCUGCUAUUUAAUGUGCUACAAAGAGGUGAGACAGUUGAAGCAAAGAUAAGUGUUUUCACACCUACAUCUCAUUUAGAGCAUCAUCUUUUGCAAAUCAGAGUAACGAAAUUUACAGGCCCUGUUCAGACAAUACACAUAUCUGCUUCUUAAGCUGAGACAUGUACACUGUUUGCCCAUGGAUGUACCCCCUCCCUCCUUCCUUCCUUCUCAGUGUGCUGCAGUUGAAUACUUCCUGUAUCAAUUAUAACCAUAGUUUUCUGUUGCAUGCAAAGCAGGACCACUAUUUUUACAAACCUGGAUCUGAACCCAACUUCACACCAAGGUUUCAGACUCUCUUUUCCAGCUUUUGUAAACAUAGCAGGAAGCUGUAGUUACUUAACAAAGGAAACCUUCAAAUAUGGUGCAUCUAGGAAGGGGAGGGCAGUGCAAAGACAUACCACGUAGGCAGAAGUUGCAUGCAUACCUGUUUAGUUAUAUUAUAUCCAAACUGGGCAAUGAUGGAUCCUGGAUGAAUAUACCAAAGAGGCAAGUAUAUUGAGUAGUUUCCUACAGUACUGCUGUAUAACUUAGAACUGUAAAAAGCUUUUGCAAAAUCAAAGCAUUCUAGUGGUACUACAUUGUAGAUUUUUUGGUUGGCACAUGUAGGGAGGCACAGGGGGCGGGUCCUAUGCAGCAGGUACAGUGCAUGGUGAUAUCUCCAAAGCUAAAACGGCCUGAGACUGCAUUGUACUAUUACUGGGAGGCUCCUUCUAAUCCUUUCCAGGCCUCCUCUGAAUGCACUGGAAAGCCCAGUAGAGAGAGGGGGGGGAGCCAGCAACAAUGUUGGGCUGCCAUGCAAUUUCCAAUGCUGCUGACCUACCUCCUCAUUGCUCUGUUGGGGUGGCAGCUAUGCUAGGAGUUCUGAGCUUGGCUUCAUUGAGCCAAAAAUGUUUCCCGUUUCCCACCUGGCUUGCCUCCCCAUCAGUAGGGAGACAGGGCAGCGGCAGGUGAUAAUACACCUGCAUAGUCUCAGGCUUGGCACCACUUACUGCCGCCCCACAACUAGCUGCCUCUCCCUCUCAGUCCUAGGCUGUGGAGGUCAAGAGUAUGGGACAGGUUGUUGUAGCAGAAACAGCACAGACUGCAGGUGCCUGUAGGAGCAGAGAAGCAACUUCUAGCAUGGCUCCAAGAUUCUCCUUUGCAUGGGAACAUGAGUGCAGAAUCAUGUGCAUGUGUGCAGCAAGUUUCUGCAAAAUGAGGACCUUUUUAAAUGUUUCCUGCUGGUUUAAUUAAGCAUAUAAUAUAGUUUAGCCUGCACUUAAGGUCACAUUCUUCAGCUAUCUGCUCUGCAUGUGCUUUGAGCUCUGCCAUGGAUUCACUGGAUCCAGGUUGACUCACUUCCUAAUCUGCUUUAAUUGUCUCUGCCAAGCAUUUGCAGCAGUUAUAGGAAGCCUCUGGGCAUUUUGUAAAAUAUGUCUUCUCGUUGCCUAAUGUCUUAAUAUUUUCCUGUAGGUGUUUAUGCAAAGUUCCUUGCUUUCUGCUUGUGACACAAGAAUAGCCUAGGCUGUGUUGGAUUAAUCUGUGAUAGUCUACUAUAUGUGGAUGGUAUCUCGUGGUCAUAGGGGACUUAAAAACAUGUGCAAUAGUUGUGCAUCUAAGAAAAUAGACCAUUUGUUUUUCAUUUAUUUUUUUUAGGGUGCUCUAUUUUUACUGAGUUUUACACUAUAAACAGAAUAGCCAGUUAUAUUGAAGACCAUUUUCAGAUGUUUUAAAACCCAUGUACCAAUCUUUAUGGAAUGAUACCACACUAAAUCCCGGGUCUCUAUGAACCCCUGAUCAUACCAGGCAGGCUGCUGGUGGUGCAUAUAAAGAUUCACUUUGUCUAAAAUCUCACCCUCCCUUACACUUGACAGGUCUCAAAAUCAAUCAUGAUUCUGUACCAUUUGCAAUAGGAAUGCAAGGUCAUUGGGGGUUAAUGACUUCUGUAUUCAUUGGUGCUUUAUGGGUCUUGAGUGAAAACGUCCAAUUUUCUUUGUGGAAUCUUAAAGACAUAUGUGUGAAAUUUCAUGGUUUUCUCCAACUCUUGUGCUGUACUGUACAUAAAAUGAGGAAAUUUAUAUACUGGUUACUCGACAAGUUUGCAACUGUUAGAGCACAUUUACAGAUUUUUGCCUUUCAGAGGUAGCCUUGAAACUGCUGGUGCCAAAGUGAUAUACACUAUAAAACAGUUUAGUUUUACACUUAACUUUGAGUAGAUGUUAGAUUAACCUUUUCUGCUGCUUAAACCAUGGCGGGUUCUCUUUUGUUUCAACUGAGGGAGAAGUGUGAUUAUUUUUGUAAUACACUGUCAAAAGCAUCUUUAGGGCACAGGUUGUAUUUUCCAUUGUUAAUUUUAUCGAAAAAGCCAUAAAACACAAAUAUGCCAAU